AUGCCCAUCCCAAUAACAAUCAUAACGGGCUUCCUCGGCUCCGGCAAAACCACCCUCCUCCUCAACCUCAUCCCCCAGCUCCCACCGACCUACCGCCUCGCACUCCUCAAAAACGAAUUCGGCGAUGUAGCCAUCGACUCGCAGCUCGCCUCGACGCAGUCCAUCUCCGGCGUGCGCGAGCUGCUGAACGGAUGCAUCUGCUGCAACCUCGUGGGGCAGCUCAGCGACGCGCUGAACCAGCUGCGCGAGGAGGUCAAGCCGGACCGCAUCGUCAUCGAGACGAGCGGGAGCGCGUUCCCCGCGACGCUGGCGAUGGAGGUGAACCGGCUUGCGCGCGAGCAGCCGGGCAGCUUCGUGCUGGACGGGGUGAUCAGCGUGAUUGAUGUGGAGAAUUGGGAGGGGUACGAGGAUACGUCGUACACGGCGAAGCUGCAGGCCAAGUACACGGACUUGAUUAUCUUCAAUAAGUGGGAGGGGGUGCCGGAGGAGCGCUUUGAGCUGUGCUUGGAUCGCGUGGGGGAUCUGGAGGUGCAGACCCCGUGGGUCAAGUCGGAUAAGGGCCGGGUGGAUAAGGAGGUUCUACUGGGGCUUGACGGGGCGUUGUUCGCCAAGGAGGAUGCUGAGGAUGCGUUGCGGUUGACGGACGAUCAUCACCAGCAUCGGCAUGACCACCAGUCUGAAGUCGAAGUGUUGUCCGUCACGCUCAAAGCCUCCCGGCCCGACCAGACUAUCGAUGUUGCCGCCCUCGAGAUGAUGCUGCUCGCUGCGCCCAAGGACGAAGUCUACCGGAUCAAGGGGACCAUGCGCUGUCCUGCCUCGCAACCGCCCGCCGACUCCGGGGACAACCCCGGCGAGAAGAAACCCGCGCCGCCUCUGACGUCCGGCAAUGAAGCUGUCCGACACUACAUUCUCAACUGGGCCUUUGGGCGCUGGACCUUCACGCCCUCGGAGAUGGUGGCGGAGAGCGCGGACCCCGUUGUCGUUGCGCGUCUCACGCUUAUCCUGGCCCGGUACGAGUCGGGCAAGUGGAAGAAGAAGCUGGAAGCUGGUGGGUUGAUUCAGCUUAGUGAAGGUGCCGCGGGCGAGUUAGUGGUCGAACGCCUGGUAUAG